UUGCCAAAUCCUAUAACCGAAACGUCGUUAUCUUCACCGCCAAAAAUUAAUCCGAAAUCGUUCGAUAUCGUCACUUUAGCUUCUUCGUCCAAAUCUCAAUCGCCUUCGACUACAAAUUGCAGUAGGAUGAGUAACAGUCCGGUUCAUGAGGCUACACCAUCACCUUCGUUAAUGAUAAAGUCGCCUGUUUCAUCACAACGUGUUUCUGAUGGACUUUUAUCAACAAAAGCAAACCUCAACAUUCCGUCGUACUCUAAAAAUAAAACAGAAGGUGGCAAACUUGCUUGUCCGACUCCUGGUUGUGACGGUUCUGGCCAUCAGACGGGUCUAUAUACGCAUCAUAGAAGUUUAUCAGGCUGUCCACGAAGACCAGACAAAUCAACUAUACAAAUGCUAGCUCUACAGCAAGAUACGGUGUUGCGAUGCACGACUCCAGGAUGCACGGGAAAGGGUCAUGUUAAUAGUAAUCGGACAUCUCAUAGGAGUCUCUCAGGAUGUCCAAUUGCUUAUCAACAAAAAUUGGCGCGUAAAGGUAUGCGCCAUAUGACGCCUCAGCUAGUUCCACCUCCCCCUGCUCCUGAAAUGACAAUGGUACUUCAUCAACGACAUCAUCAAGACCAAAACCAAGAGCAGAAGAAAGAAUCCUCUCAGCCAAAGUCAAAAGCAAGUUCAUCAGCUGAUGAAGCUCCGCUUGAUUUAACACUAAAGAAAAUCGAACGGUUAAGUAAAAAAAGGUAA